AUGGACAUGACGGGGGAUCAAUAUCUCGAGUAUAUCCCUAUCGCGUGGAGUAGUGUGAACACUGCAUUGGGGUUUCCCCUGACGAGUAGGACCCUGUGGGAUAUGAUGGUGAUUUCGAUGCUUAAUUAUCAAGCAGACGAGAAUAUGGAGUCGGUGGUCGCCUCGCCUCGCCACCUGAGCGAACCCGACGCUCUCUCCCGCGAGUUGCAACCAACACCGCCAUUGGAAGACACCACACCCACUGCGUCCCUUCUCGAGGUAGGAGACGUGCUGCUAGAGUAUAUCCACCACAUCCGACAACACCACGGUGUCAGAAAACGGCCAGAAGCUGCGCACAACCACGUCGUAGAGGAACCGGAGAGAUCCAGACAAUUCCAGGAUGCGAGCCGCAGCAGAUAUCCAAAGCAGGAUUCUCGAUCAUACUUCAAUUGGGCCCGCACGACAGGCGCCAAUAACACCAGCUGUCCGUACUCCUUCACCUUUUUCUGCCGCCACAUCAGCGGCACAGACCCUACGCGCUUCUCCUCCGUGCAGGAGAAAUACUUUGCACGGGCUCUGGGAUCGCACCUAGCCACGAUGUGCCGUCAGUAUAACGACUACGGGUCUCAGCGACGGGACGUGGCGGAGAUGAACCUCAGCAGUUUGGAUUUUCCUCAGUUCCAGUCGGAUCAUGCGAAAGCGAAAGAGAAUGCGUUUGUUGAUGGGACAGACUUGAUUGGAAAGAUUUAUGCUGCGCAGGAUAUUGCGAGUCUGGUGCAGGAGUAA